ACAAUCAAAGGUGAACCUGUUUGAUUUGCCAAUGAAAACCCUGAGAAACGAAAACAGAGAAGGAUAAAAGCCCGGCAGGUUUUCAUCUCCUACGUGUCUGGGGGCGCGUUCACUGCAAAGAUCCAUCAUCCAAAGCAAUUCAGUCAAGGGACAGACAUUGUUAUGGCUGUAAAGCACUGUGAUUGUCUGCACAGAUUGUUUGCGUGAUUUCGGAUAUCUGAACAUCAAGUCAAGUUUGAACAUUCAAGGCAAGUUUCUGCAUGGCGCAUCAGUCUGGAUGCGAUGUGUGUGCAUGGAGGACGCUGGAGAGGUCUCCAUCAUGCUGAAUGUGCAGUCUGAGAGGUAACAGUCUCUAAAGCAGUGCUGACUUUAAGACUGACUGAUUUAAGCAUUUCACCCCAUGGAUUCAUACAAUGGCUCUGACUUGCAUUUGUGAGCCUGUAAAUGGAUCGGAACAAGACUACAUGUUCUGCAACAGCACUACAUUCAACUUAACUGGCAAUGAGAGUGGACAAUGUCACCUUCAGCCCCUGGACGAAGUACUGUUUAGGCUUCUGGGCCCCAGAAAGUCUCCUUUCUUCUUCCCUGUAACCUUUAUGUACAUCCUCAUCUUCGUCACAGGGGUUGUAGGAAACCUCCUCACUUGUACCGUGAUUACUAAAGACAGGAAGAUGCGGACACCUACCAACCUUAACCUCUUUAGCCUAGCCAUCUCUGAUUUGCUGGUGUUGUUGUUUGGGAUGCCACUGGAGAUCUAUGAACUGUGGCAGAACUAUCCCUUCCCUUUUGGUGAGAGCAUCUGCUGCUUCAAAAUCCUCUUAUUUGAGACAGUUUGUUUUGCCUCUGUGCUCAAUGUGACAGUGCUGAGCAUGGAGCGCUACAUAGCUGUGGUUCACCCACUGACAACCCGCUACACCUUAACAAAAAAGCACGCUCAGCGGGUCAUUGGUAGUGUUUGGGCCAUGUCACUGCUCUGCGCCAUCCCUAACACGUCACUCCAUGGCUUACAGUACCAUUACCUGCCAGAUAGGGUUCUGGAGUCAGCUACCUGCAGCCUGCUCAAGCCCAAAUGGAUGUACAACUUGGUGAUCCAGGUCACCACCGUGCUGUUCUACUUUGUCCCCAUGAUGGUGAUCAGUGUGCUGUAUCUGAUGAUUGGUCUGACAUUGAGAAAGGGACAGAGGCAGAAGAAGGACAAGCUGGGUAAUAGCUGCAGUAAUGACAGCUGGAAAAUCCAUCUGGACAGUGGAAGGAGGAGGCAGGUCACCAAAAUGCACUUUGUGAUGGUGUUAGUCUUUGCCAUCUGCUGGGCUCCAUUCCAUAUCGACCGACUCUUGUGGAGCUUCAUCACGAGUUGGACGGAUCACAUGUAUAACAUAUUUGAAUACGUGCACAUAAUCUCGGGCGUGCUCUUCUACCUCAGCUCGGCUGUUAACCCCAUCAUCUACAACCUGCUCUCCAGUCGCUUCCGAGAACGAUUUCAAGCACUGGUGUGCAGUCGCUUGCCGACGAGCUCUUCUCGUAAUGACUCCACACCUUUCUACAUCAUCCCCAAAGACCUCCCCACCAAUCCCCAACGUUCAGGCUAAGAGCAGGGACACGGGCAGCCCAUAUCCCUUUGUCAUUAUCAGCAGAGGAUGGGAAAAGUGACCUUGGUUGUUGUCAGUUCAGUCUACCAGUUUCAGCCUGCUGUGAUAAGGAUAAGAGGUGAAGAGGAUAGGUGUCUUGGGGAAAGAUUUUGAUAUCUUUAAUUUACAGAAUGUGUGUGAGUGAAAGAUAGAAAUGAAGACAAAAAAGUGACAAAGAGGCUUAACACCAUUUUCAUAUGUAAUACAUGACUUAUUUCUUGGUAUUGACAUAAAAAUAUAAUAAUAAUAAUAAUAAUAUAAUAAAUAU